UUCAAGCUUUUAGUUUUCCUGAAAAAACAACUCAAAUACGAAUGGAUAAUUACUGGAGUCUGGGGAAAUUCGAGAUAAGUUCAGAAGCUUUUGUUUUUAAAGUGGUUCUAAAACGCGACUGACGCGAAAAAGAUGUAGUUUUUCUUCACCUUUUACUGAAAGGAUCCCAAAGCCACGAGUGAAGGAGUCAUGGGCGGAAGGAACGCGCCAGCUGCGCUCCUCCAGGUGUUCGUCCUGGCGCUGUUUUGCGCGCAGUCGCUCGGACGGGUCUUCAACCUGACGCUGAGCGUGAAGGAGGACCUGCCCGCUAAAACCAUCGUUGGAGACCUGGGAGCGGUCCUGAGCGCGCCGAGCACCGGCUUCUUCAUCUCAGAGAGCAGAGACUCGUAUGUGUUCAGAGACCUGGAGAUAGACGCGGACACGGGCAUCAUCUCCACGGUGUCGGGCCUGGACAGGGAAAGCAGAGACCUGUACGAGUUUGUGGCAGCUACUCUCACAGGAGAGAUGAUACGGGUGAGGAUAGAGGUGGAGGACGUGAACGACCACUCACCUGUGUUUGCCAGGCAGAAAGUGGAGUUGGGGAUCUCAGAGCUGAGCCCGCCGGGGAGCCGCUUUCCGCUCGAAGGCGCAGCAGACCGGGACGAGGAGGAGUUCAGCACGCAGGGAUACAGGAUCAGACAGAGUGAGAUGGAAGAAUUGUUCCACUUGGAUUUUCGAAUCGGAUCUGAGAAGCAGCACAGCCUGGAUCUGGUCCUGAACAGCAGAGUAGACAGAGAAACACAGGACUUCUACACUCUGACCAUUGAGGCCUUUGAUGGGGGAAUCCCAGCCAGGACUGGGACAGUCCAGGUUGACAUCCGCAUCCUGGAUGAGAACGACAACCCUCCUGUGUUCAACCAGACUGAAUACCACAGCUCAGUACGGGAGGAUGCUCCCAUCGGGUCCAUUGUCUCUCAGGUGGUAGCCAGCGACCGUGACCUGGGUGACAACAGCAGGAUCACUUAUGAGAUCAAUAGGCGGCAAAGUGACCCCAACCAUGUAUUCUCCAUUAAUGAAACCACAGGAUUUAUUUAUCUGAACAAGCCGCUGGAUUUUGAAAGUCAGCCGUUUCACGAGCUGAUUGUCAGAGCCAGAGACGAUGGUGCUCAGCCUGAGUUCAGCAGCACGUUUGUUGGUGUCAGGGUGCUUAACAUCAAUGACAACAGCCCCACCAUCAGUGUGCUGUUCCUCAGUGAGACAGGAGAAGCUGUGGUGUCAGAGGCAGCCGCCGUUGGGGAAUAUGUGGCCCGGGUCUCUGUGUCAGACCCAGACCUGGAGGAGCACCGAAUCACCGUCUCUCUUGCAGGAGGAGAUGGAAAGUUUACCCUGAAGCAAACAGAUGAUUUUCUGUAUGCGUUGUGUGUCAACUCUGAGCUAGACAGGGAAGAAAAGGAUCUGUAUGAGCUGAAGGUGCAAGCGUCUGAUUCUGGAAGCCCUCCUCUAAGCAGUGAGACACUUCUCCUCCUGAAGGUGUCUGAUGCCAACGACUGCCAGCCGGUCUUUGAACAGGAUGUGUACACUGUCAACAUCGCUGAGGAUGCUCCUGAGGGGAGCUCCCUCAUACAAACAAGGGCCCGGGAUGCUGAUGAAGGUGUCAACUCAAACAUCAGAUACUCCAUCCUGAAGUCACACCAGGACAGCCUGGUCGCCAUUGACCUGACCUCCGGCCUGGUUACCACAGCCGCAGGCCUCGACAGGGAGACUCAGAUGGAGUUGUGGUUCCUGGUGCUGGCAGAGGAUGGAGGGGAGCCGUCUUUGUCGUCUACAGCUACAGUUACAGUGCUGGUGGAGGAUGUGAAUGACAAUGAGCCGGUGUUCCAGCAGCAGCUGUACAACGUGUCCAUACCUGAGCACAUGGACGCUGGAAGCUGCUUCUUACAAGUUGUUGCCACAGACGCAGACAGCCCUGAGUUUGGAUCUCUGCUCUACUCCCUGUCAGAUGGAUUUGACAGUCAGGAAAGUCAUCCUCUUUUCCAAAUCAAGCCACACACAGGAGAGCUGUGUGUCUGUCAGGACAUCGAUCGGGACGACGGGAUGAGUGUCCAUGACCUCUUGAUCAAAGCUGAAGAUCCAGGAGGCCUGAGUGCUCAAACAUAUGUUCAUAUUGAAAUACAAGACUUAAAUGACAACCGUCCAGUGUUCAGCCCGGAGGAAUACACCGUGAGCGUCAGCUGCCAUGCACCGCCUGGUACCGAGGUUGUCAACGUUAUCGCUACCGACCAGGACUCCGGCCGCUUCGGACAGAUUACCUACGAAAUUCAUCCAGGAGACAUGUCCAGUUUGUUCACACUGGAUAGACACACAGGAAUGCUCUUUUUGAACUCUUCUCUGACACACUUGGGUGCAGCCAGCAUGAAGCUCCUAAUAACAGCGCAGGAUGGAGAUGGCUUGUCUUCAGCCAGACCUGCAGAGGUCACAAUCAAUAUUGUCCAAAGUGGUCAGGCUCCAGCGGUGUUCCAGAGGUCGCGCUACGCCUUCACAGUGCCUGAAGAUGCACCGCUGGGAACAUCUGUGGGAACAGUGGAGGCCAGCAACUUGAGCGAUGCUACAGAGCCCGUUUCUUACCGAAUCUCUUCUGGAAACAUUUACAGUUGGUUUUCUGUCCAUCCGAAAUCUGGUGUGAUCAAUACCAUUAAACCUCUGGACCAUGAGUCUCAGCCUUAUGCCCUGCUGUUCCUUCAGUCCUACACAGACACGUCUCCUAUUUACAGCACCACCCAGGUCAACAUUACCAUCACUGAUGUCAAUGACAAUGCCCCUGUGUUUCCCAAGAGGAGAGACACCAUCACUGUUUCUCAAAGCACUCGGCCUGGAACAGUGCUGUUCAUCGCUCACGCACAUGACCAUGACAGCGGGGCCAAUGGCGUAGUGCAGUAUCGUCUGAAAAGCAGCAGAAAUGAGAUGUUUGCCAUUGACUCAAACCUUGGAACGGUUAGACUUAAUAAGAGCUUACAAGUGAGCCAACAGCAAAGAUACAACCUGGAAAUCUUGGCGAAAGACGAAGGGAAACCUUCCCUGAGCUCCACCCUGACCCUUUCGAUUAACAUUGACCAUACAGCUGCAGAUGACAGCCUGGCCUUUGAGACGCUGGUCUACCAGGUGGAGAUAGGGGAAGGCUACCGCAAAGACUCCCGCGUCAUCCAGGUUAGGGCGCACCGCACUCGAGGGUCUCACACUUCAAACUCAGGUCUCACUUACUCCUUGGAAGCGGAAGCUGGAUUUCCUCCGCCUCCUUUUCGCAUCCACUCAAAGUCUGGAUGGUUGUAUCUCUCCAGCAAUCUUGACUUUGAGACCGAGUCAAGAUAUCGUUUUCAGGUGUUGUCCACCUCCGGAGAGGCUUCGCUGGCCAAUGUCACAGCAACAGCAAUGGUGACUGUACUGGUGCUGGACGUCAAUGACAAUCCCCCAGUGUUCAGCAGUGAUGUGUACUACUUUACUGUAUCAGAGGGGUCAUCUCCGCAAGGCCUGGUGGGAACAGUCAAAGCCAAGGAUAAGGAUUCUGGGAAGAACAGCCAGCUGUCCUACAUCCUCCUCUCAGAUGGGAAAUACUUCCGCAUCAAUGCUAAAACAGGUGAAAUCAUCAACUGGGUGGCGCUGGACCGGGAGCAACACAGCCAGCACAGCCUGACCGUUGUGGUGACAGACCAAGGUCACCCUCGUCUCAAUGCCACCACCAAUGUUCAUGUCCUGGUCACUGACAUCAAUGACAACACUCCACAGUUUAAUCAUCUGCCUUCCAGCAAAGAGCUGAAUGUUCCUAUAUGGGCAGGUGUACCUGCAGGAUUCCUGGUGACUAACAUGUUUGCCAAAGACUUGGAUGCUGGAGAGAAUGGAACUGUCACCCAUUCCCUAGUAACAGUUGGAACGGAGGAGAAUGAUCUCAGGCACUUUGAGAUUGACAGUAAAAAUGGAGACAUCAGAACCACGCAGCUCUUCAGUCAGAGAACUGAACCAUUUUAUACUCUGAAGGUAACAGCCAGGGACGGUGGAGCCCCAUCUCUGGAGGAUACAGCAGUGGUUCACAUACAGGUUUAUGGGUUGGAGGAUCAGUACGGCAGCUCAUAUCACCAAGCAGUGAGGCAUUUCUCGGUUAGGGAGGACGCCGAGCCUGCAACGGUCAUCGGCUCUGUCAGUGUUUUAAAUAAAGGCAGGUUUCAGUAUAGCAUCGCCGAGGGAGACGGGAGCAUUUUCUUUGGAAUCGACGGCACGUCUGGCAACAUCUACGUCAACCAGCCGCUGGACUACGAGUCUGCCAAGCAGUACUUCCUGGUGGCUCGAGUGGAAGACAUCGGUGCAUCUGUUGGUUUGAACAUUUCCGUGCUGGUGAGCAUCACGGUGGAGGACGUGAACGACCACGCCCCCUGGUUCCCCGAUAAACUGCUGAUGUUCGGUCUGAGGGAAGACGCUGCUGUUGGAUCGCUGGCCUUUGCUUUUCAUGCCAGAGACGCUGAUGGGACUUUUGCAAACAGUGCUAUUCGCUACACUCUGACCUUUGACCCCGAAGUCAGUGGAUCACCCGCACACUUCCCUUUUCACAUAAACUCACACACAGGUGCAAUGACAGUUGCGGCACCAUUAGACCGCGAGAGCACGCCGACUUUUGUUUUUGCUGUCACCGCCACAGACCAGGCAGAGAGGACGGAGGAGCGUAAACAGACGUCAGUGACGGUUCGGCUCCUCCUGCUGGACGUGAACGAUAACCGGCCUGUGUUCGUGUCUGCUCACUCAAUGCAGCUGAUGGAGGACACGGAGGUGGGCAGUCUGCUGCACCAUUUUGUGGCAAUAGAUGGUGAUCAGGGGGAGAAUGGAUUGAUCUCCUACUCCGUUAUAAAUGGAAACAAGAAGGGAUUCUUCACACUGGAAGAGAAAACUGGCCUUCUGUUUCUCCAUGCCCCUUUGGACUAUGAGACCCAGCGUGUCCACCGUCUGACUGUCCGAGCAGUGGACCAGGGCGUCCCCUCUCUGUCCUCCACCCAGACCCUGACAGUGGAGGUGGGAGAUAUUAACGACCAGCCCCCCGUCUUCAGUCAGACCACCUAUGUUACCAAUGUGGUGGAGAAUAAAGGCCCUGGAGAGCCACUGCUCAGAGUCUCUGCCUCUGAUAUGGAUUCAGAGGACAACGGCGUGGUGCAGUACAGCCUGCUGCCGGGACCCGGCUAUGAGCUGUUCAGCAUCAACCUGUACUCUGGUCUGAUCACCACCACGACCCACCUGGACCGAGAACAGGAGCAACAUUUCACCCUGAGAGUCCAGGCUCGGGACAACGGUUUCCGUCCUCUGUCGGGGACAGCCACGGUCUUGUGUUCCAUCCUGGACGACAACGACAACCCUCCAGAGUUUAUGCAGCCACUGGUCCAGAUCAGCCUGCCAGAAAAUCUUUCUCCUGGAGUUAUACAUACAGCUCUUGCCUCUGACCCUGAUCUGGGAGAAAAUGGCACUAUUCACUACUCUAUACUAGGUGAGGACUACGGAGGCCGAUUCACAAUCAACAGUGAGACCGGAGCGAUCAGCACCAUGCAGGCUCUGGAUCGGGAGGAAAUUCAGAACUACACUCUCACCAUUCAGGCUCGGGAUUCAGGCCCUGCUCCUCUCAGCUCCACCACGCAGAUUCUCCUUCUCCUGCUGGACCAGAACGACAACGCCCCCUCCUUCAGUCCUGAGAGCUACCACACCUCCGUCAGUGAAGGCUUACUGUCUGGGGCUGAGGUCUUGCAGCUGACCGCCUUCGAUCCCGACGAGGGACCCAAUGGAGAAGUGACCUACACCUUGACAGACGACAACAGUCAGGGGGCUUUUUCGGUGGACCCCUUCACCGGAGUGGUCUGCACCACCAGGUCUCUGGACAGAGAAAGCCAGGCUCUGUACACCCUGAAAGCCGUGGCCACAGACGGCUCCGCUAAGGGCCCACUGAGCUCUGUGGCUUCACUGACCAUUCAGGUGGACGACGUCAACGAUAACGUGCCCGUCUGCGACCAAAACCCUCUUCAUGCCUGGGUCUCCAUGCGGACACAACCAAAUCAGAUAGUGACCAAAGUGGUUGCUACAGACGCUGACCAGGGCGAGAACGGGACGGUCCAGUUCAAGUUUUCAGGCGAGGAGAGUCUGUUUGACAUCAACUCCGCUUCAGGAGAGAUUUCACUCAGGAGGCGAGUGAGAGCAGGUUUCUCCGGUAGAAAGCUGCAGGUCCUGGUCUCAGACAGAGGACGUCCUCCUCUGACCGCCACCUGCCUGGUGUUGGUCCAUCUGAAGGGAGAGCAUGACGGGCUUCAGUUCACAAACAAAGUGUACAACGCUUCCGUCAAGGAGAACAGCAGAGCAGGUACUUGGAUUGCAAAAGUGGAGGCCAGUGACGACACCAAUAGCAGACAGAGGAUAACUUACACGAUAUUUAGCGGCAAUGAGAAUGCGGCGUUCUCCAUAAACCGCUACACAGGUGAGAUCCGAGUGCAGAAGGAAAACUCCCUGGACUUCGAGGCGAGCCCUCAGAUCCAAUUGGUGGUUCUGGCCGACAGCGGGCUGCACACAGCCCACUGCAGGGUCUCCAUCACGCUGCUGGACGUCAACGAUAACGCACCACUUUUUGAACUUAGCAACUACAGAACGGCUGUUUGGGAGGGACAAGUUCAUAACACCUAUGUCAUGCAGGUGUUUGCCUCUGAUGCUGACAGCGGUGAAAAUGGACAGAUUGAGUAUUCCAUCCUGUCAGGCAACAUUAAUGAAGCUUUCAUUCUGGACUCUGUGAGAGGGAUCCUUGCUACGAACGUUGUGCUGGACCGUGAAAUAACUCCCUCUUACAAGCUGAUUCUGCAGGCAGCAGACAAUGGGAAGCCUCCACUGAGCAGUACUGCCACCGUUAGAAUCCAGGUGGUGGACAUCAACGACAACAGCCCUGCCAUCCCACCCCUGGAGCCCGUUUAUAUAUAUGAAAAUCUACCAGCAGGUUAUGUGGUCACCCAGGUGACUGCAAAUGAUGUGGACAUCGGUUCAACCAUCACCUACAGUUUUUCAAACAGCAGCAUCACCAGCGACCCAUUCGCUAUUGACCGCUACACAGGUGUCAUCACGCUGACCCGACCUCUAGAUUACGAGGCCGAAACGGAGUUCACUCUGAGAGUGUCUGCGUCGGACUCGCUCCAUCAAACCAGCGGACAGGUCAAAGUUCAAGUUUUGGAUGCCAAUGACAACAGUCCAGUCUUCACGCAGGUCUCCUACCAGGUGGACGUGUCAGAGCUGGUCUCUGCAGACACUUUAGUUGUGAAUGUUGCUGCUACUGACAGAGAUUCUGGUCUCAAUGGAAAGAUCAGCUACAGACUUCUUUCUUCUCCUCUUCAUGCCUUCUACAUCCAAAAAGAUAAUGGUUCCAUUUUCACCAACAAGCCUUUAAGGACCAUCACAAACAGCAACAUGCUCCAUCUUCUGGUUGAAGCAAGAGAUGAGGGCGAACCCGUUCGGUCCACAGUCACCUCUGUGGCCCUGGUGGUUGUAGACGCAAACGACCACAAACCUUUGUUUCACCAGGAUAUUUACACACUCACCACUGCUGAAGAUACACCCCCAGAAACCACCCUGCUCACAAUUUCUGCACAGGACGAAGAUUGGAGCCCAGAAAACACCCAUUUGGACUACGCCAUCGUUGGCGGAAAUGAAGAAAAGCGAUUCUGUUUAGAAGUGAAAAAGAUUCCUGUUGAAAAUCAAAUGAAAAAUGUUGGAAGGCUGGUUUUGUGUAAUCCCUUGGACCGUGAGACAACUGAGUAUUAUGAACUGACAGUUAGCGUUACUGAUCGAGGAUCGCCUCCCCUGAACAGCUCAUCGAUCAUUCAAGUGACUGUUACUGACUGCAAUGACAAUGCUCUAGUCUUCUCCAGUGCAGAGUAUCAUGCAGAGGUGAGUGAAAACAGCCAGAUAGGAACCAGCUUGAUCCACGUUAGUGCUCUGGAUCCUGAUUUUGGUGUCAAUGGCCUUGUGCAUUAUGAAAUUAUUUCUGGGAACAGUAAAGGUCACUUCAAGCUGGACCCUCAGUCUGGUAUUUUGAUGGUCAACCAAUCACUUGAUUAUGAGGAGGAUUUAAGGUAUAUCCUCACCAUCAGAGCUAUCGAUGGGGACCAGGCUUCCGAAAACCAAAACAUGGCUUUUGCAGUUGCCUUUGUUAACGUUCUGGAUGAGAAUGACAACACUCCAUUCUUCAUGUUCCCCUCAGUUACUUGCUCAGUGCUGGAAAACCUCCCAGCAUUCACCCAUACAUGUUCUGUCCACGCUGUUGACAAAGACGCUGGCCCCUAUGGCCUGAUGACCUACUCAAUUCUAUCCUCUUGCUUCAUGGACUACGGCAGUGGAAGCCCAGAGAGGAAAGAGGCUUUUGCCAUUGAUGCCCUUAGUGGCGACAUUUACACCAGACAAACAUUUGACUAUGAACGUGAGAAUGAUUACUGCUUUGUAGUGGAGGCUAAAGACAAAGGUGACAAAUCAGCUACGGUAAGAGUCCAAGUAGCCAUAAAGGGAGUUGAUGAGUUCAGUCCCAUCUUCACUCAGAAGCAGUACCACUUCCUUCUUCCAGAAAAUCCCAAGACUGGGGAGACAGUCGGUUUUGUGAUGGCAAUGGACCAUGAUGGAGGAGUGGAUGGGCUGGUAGAGUACUCACUUUUGACUCCAACACCAUUUUUUUCAAUUAACAAAACGAUUGGAGCUAUCUUUAUGUCUGGUCCUGUGUAUCGCAGAAGAAUCAGCCAUGCAAACGAGGAUCUGGUGGAACUGGUCGUGUCUGCAGGUAGUCCCAGAUUGGGUUCCAGAACAACAACUUGCUUGGUUUUUGUCAAUAUCUCCAGCUCAGCCGAAGCACUUAUCGGAGUUCAGCUUGAUUCCCACAUAUUUAGUCUGACUGUGUCGCUGCUUUUGUUCCUCUUUGUCCUAGUUAUAUUUGUGGGCUUGGUUCUCAGAUGUAAAGUUAAAGAAGUUGUCCUGAAAAAGGCCUCUGCCAUUGCUGCACAGUUGAACCAUGGGACUGACUCAUCUGAUGAAUCGAACAACCAGAUGCGCUGUGACUUUUCCUUGCAGGAGUUGACACAAGUCGGAGGUUUUGUUGCAAAGAGAGACGUCUCUAACCCAUACACCCAGUCAGAUUCAAGUGGCCGUGGAUCAGCAGAGGGUGAGACAGCUGAGGAUCAGGAAAUCAAGUGGAUCAAUGAGUUUCCCUGUUAUAAAAGAGAUGAAGAUUCCACAGAGAUUCCCAACUCCACUAUACCAUUUGAUAAGAUAUCAUUCCACUCUAUUGACGUAGGGCCAGAAUAUAUUUUAUCUCUUACUAAAUGUUUAGCACAGGGCAUAUCAAGCACAGAAAGUCUCAACCAUUUCAAAGAGGAAGGUGGAGGGGAAGGAUUACUGCCUGCAAUACUUAGAGUUAAAGAUUUAGAGGAUUCCAUGGAGGCAAGAGGAUAUGCCCCUCUCUCCAAGGCUCAAGCUUCUGCAGAGUCUCUGACUUCACUGGUGUGCCUUGAAGAGCCACUGGAGGGUAGCUACAGCUGGGAUUUCCUUUUAGACUGGGAACCACGCUUUCACUCUCUGGCUGCUGUGUUCACUGAUAUUGGUAUGCUUCCUGAUGAGGAGCUUCAAGGUGGCCAUGAAGAUUUUGCUACAGAGUCAAGUUCUCUCAUGUACCCACCGCCUCUCAUAACAGGAGUGGCUCACCCAGGCAUUCGGACUGUUCCUCCAAGAAAACCUGGACGAGUACCAACCCUGAGCAGGAAGCCUUCCUACCCCAAAUAUGUGUAUUCUCCAUUAUCCAGGAACACAGGACUCACCCCGUCAGCUAUGACACCCACGUUCACCCCAUCUCUGUCCUCUCUCACCAUUAGGACCCCCAGCUCCUCACCAGUUGUCUCGGACACAGGAGUUGGGGGGAUUAGACUCGACUCAGGGCCCCAUACUGCAAGUCUUUUGGAGGCUGAAAUCCAAGUGUAGGCAUGGACCAUUUUAAAUGUGACAUUGAUCACUUGACAUAUUCUGGAGAUAUUCUGCACAGUUAGUGACUGACAUUUUAAAAUGUGCCUGAUCAUUUGUCCAGCAUACUCCUGUUAUCUGUAAAAGUUUUUCGUAGACUGAAAGUCUAAGCCACACAACAGUUUUUUUUGUUAUGUUUUUGUUUUUUGUUACGUGGCUGCAGUGAAUAAAGCGCAAUCUAACCCCUUCCAGUGUGAACGUGCAUGCAGCUUGGUGGUACCUGAGCACUUUGACUAAGCCUGCACUCCCACAAGGCAAGAUAUCUAUCAAAGUGCUUCAGAUUGUCAUUAAGUGUAUAAAUAGAGUAAAUCAACAAUUUUCUUUAAAAUAUAGCAUUUACCAUGUAAUUUCUGUCUCACUAUAGCAUGGGCACUUUUGUUUUUUACUUAUAAGAUAACAGAUUCAUCAUUGUACAUUUUUUUUUCAUGGCAGAUAACAUUUGUUUAAAAAAGUCUCGUGUUUAAAAUGCUUUACUCCUACUGUCAUAGCAAGCUCAGCACAUGCUACCUUUGAUCUAAAAUGUUUGAUUUGAAUUAACAUUUUGGGAUUUGAAUUAUUUCUUUCUUCCACGGCAAUUGCCUUUUUCUGGCCACAGAACUUUAUUAUUUUGAGGCCAGCUGUUGUUGUGAGUCUAACCUCAAGGGGGAGAUACUGACAACAGGGAUUUAAUUAACAUUUUAAGUUGUUUGCAGGACAGAUCAAUAUUAAAUAUGAACUUAUAAAUUUGAAUGGUCUGAAAUAAAACCUGCUUUUCAUCACAUUCUUUAAAAAAUCCACAAUUUAAAUACAAGCAGAUGGUCAUUUUAACCAGUUAUUGAAUGUUUUACACAAGCAUUCAUAAAAUGAAACACUUUUGAUUGCUGUUCUACACUUAUGUUUUCAUGACAUCUUUAACUUUAACAGGCAAAGAAAAGCAGCAUACUUUGUAAUUAUGUCUCUCUCUCUUUCUAAUCAGAAAAAUGGCCUCUUUCAUGUUUUAAUAAAUUAAAGGGCAGUAGAAGAGUUUGUGUAGUGAAGGGCAUAAAUCCCAUCUCAUUAUUGGGGAGGACCAUAAACAGGUAUAUUUCUUAAAAGCAAUUUUGUGGGGGUCGGCACAGUUACAGUGAAAUGUAACGUAAAAAGUUUUAAACCACAUUCAAGCUGCAGGACCAAAAAUGACUAGUAAUGCAGAACAAACAUGUUUUUCUCAGUAAGUAAAAUUGAGAAGUAAAACUAAUAUUCAAAUGUUGCUUAUAUAUGAGUGAUUUAAUCUUUGCCACACCUUUACAAACAUUUAUGGUUAUAAAUACAAAAGCUUUAACUGCUCUUAAUAAAAUUCCUCAUAACUAUUGAUUUAUUCAUGUGGCUCCCAAUACAAGUUAUGGACUAUUUAAAUUAUAACUUGUUAAGUUGCUUUAUUUAUAACUCUUGUUUGUUUCUCUACUGUUUGUGUG